UGAAGAACGUGUCCUACUUGUCAUUGUGGUGUGGAGUAAUUAAAAAGAGCGUAUAAUAGUGCAAUUGUAUACAACUGGGAAGGACGUUUGAUGCGAUAAUAUCAUAUCACUGCCGAUGUUAUUCGUGUCAUGCUGUCUGGAAAUGCGUGAAUAACAAAACACUUGUUUCAGGCAGACAGGACAGAGCGUCGAGAAGACUACAGGAGACAAACAACGCAAGAAGGCCAAACGAACUACCAAACGCGAAGCUGAAUCAUGGCGGAGUCCGAUCUCCGAGAAGUAUUGAUGCACUUUCUGUCGAAUGCCAUGAUUAGACCAUUGCCGCCUCCGUCCGAUCCCGUCAUUGUCCCGUUACAUGACGCGGUACGCUCAGGGAAAACUGAAGCUGUUGUUGCAUUAGUCGAGAAGGGAGAUUCCAUCAACGCGACCAACGAAAAGGGCUGGACGGCCUUGCACAUCGCGGAAUUCUGCGAAGACACCGAGAUGGCCAGGUGCCUCGUUCGGUUGGGGGCGGAUAUGACACUGAAGGACACUGAGGGACAGGAUCCAUUCUUUCAUGCUGUGACUGGGAGACAUUACGAAAUGGUUAAAUGUUUGGCUCGACUCGGGGCGGAUUUGAACACCCAUGACAUAACAGCUACUCCUAUGCAUCGAGCGGCAAACAUGAACAUGUUAGACAUGGCGAUACUACUGGCCGAGUUAGGAGCUGAUCUUAACUCUCGGGAGUGUGGCUUUCUUAAGUUGUCACCCCUCCGUUAUGCCAUCGCUGCAGACAGGAUCGAAAUGGUUGAACUCUUGACUAACCUUGGGGCCGACUUAAACCAAACUGAUUUGCUAGGUGUGACCGCCGUCACUGCGGCUGCCAGCGAUGGCAAAUGGGAUAUGGUGGAAUGCCUCUCUCGCCAUGGCGCAGACCUCGAAGUAAACAACGGGAUAACUGCCCUUGGCUGUGCUGUGAAUCGAGGUCUGCCUGAAGUGGUCAACAUGCUCAUCAAGUAUGGUGUAAAGUUAGAAAGGACUGAUCAUGGUUUCCCCCUGUUAUUUCGAGCUAUAAGCAAUCACGACGAAUCAACAUUGGCUGUGCUUCUGGAUGGAGGAGCGAAGCCUGACUUUGAGAGAUCACGAGGUAUGACGCCAUUGUUCUUUAGCGCAACCCUUGGUAACGGAUCAGCAGCCAUCCUUCUCCUGAAUGCUAGAGCAGACGUUAAUUUCACCAAUGACCUGGGCCGAACCCCACUCCACGGGAGCUGCUUGUACGGUCAAAUGGACCUCACCCGGCUGCUACUUCUGGCAGGCGCUGAUGUCAACAAGGCAGACUCAUUUGGAAAGUCACCGCUUGACUACCUACCAUUCCAGGACCUCGUAGAUUACAGCUUGGAAAACAGAUGGAGGACCUGUGAGAAACUUGUCCAAUCCGUGCCAAUCGAUGCCACACCUGAUGUGAUAUGUCCUCCGCUGGAGAAACUCCAUACCAUCCCAGGGCUGGGCAAUGUCCUCGCCAUUCCUGGAGGUUUGGCAGUUCGCGUAUUCGCCGACGUCAAAGGGGUCAUCGAGAAGCUUCCCACAUUAGCCGGUAAUCUAUUCAUCGGGGCAAAGCCUCAGCAGGUUGGAAGCUCGGGAGAGGAAACCAGAACAGGGCUGCCGAAUGAAAUGGACUUCGUCUUUCAAGUCGACCUUGGCUUGGACAACAGAGCUGUUCAAGAGGUUGGAAACGGAUACGCGUUCUUCACCUAUCCAGCAGAUGCAGAACGGGCCUAUGCCUUUGUCACAGGAAGCAAGAGCUUCCACGAUAUAUUUGGUGAUGCUUUCAUGAAAUUUAACACUAUCUCCGAAGGUAGUAGGAUUACGUUCAUGGAAGGGACGCAUGAAACUGUCAGGGAUUUGGACAGGAAAGCAUGUACCCCCAUGAUGCUAUGUUGGGAAGAUGAAGGUGGGAAGGAUAAAGUUGGCGUUUCUGUAGACGCUGUACCUUGUAUCCAUAUCAAUGAUUGGCCGGAAAAGGGAGCGCGUGGGACCUGGUUGAUGGACCACGCAACGCUGAAGGAACGCGGCUACAAUCUGAUUCCAAAGUCCCCGAAUAUCAAGAGUGAGAUGGCGCGUGGUUUCAGCCCCGAGGAUCUUCAACGGAUGUGGAGGAUUUCGUUUUCGCACUUGGAAACGGAGCACAUGUAUAAUGUUAUCCCUAGGGUCAAAGCUGUGUACGUCACGGCGAAAUGUCUACGUAACCCAGACGUCUGCCAGAUUCUGGUACGAGACGAGGGAACCAAGUUGAAGACGGCUGAAAGCUACGUGGUGAGUUAUCUCCUGAAGAUGAUGUUUUUCCAGCGGGUAGAGGAGUUCCAGAGUACGGACCAGAGCCUUGGUGAGAUGGUCUGCCAGUUAUUUGAUGAUGUCCUGGAUGGCCUUACUAGGAACUUCAUACCACUGUUCUUCAUUCCUAGCAUCAAUGUCCUCGAUGGACUCAAACUGGACAUCAACAAGUGUGCCGCAGUUGCCCGGAUCAUGACCAGAUUCGUCAAGGCAUUGUACUGCCGAGAUCGUGAUGCUAGAGAUGUCACCGGUGACGUAGCGUGCACUGUCUAUCAAAGUGAUAAAUCUCUCUACAAGAUUUAUGACAUUAGUGAUAUCCGAGUUUCUCGAGAAAUUCGACAGCUGGAUGUAGACACAACGGGAGCAGACGUUGCGGAAGGUGGUGCGAUCAAAAAUGUGGACCCAUCGGGAGAUAAAGAAAAAAUGAACUCAAAUCGGCGGUUUGCGACGAUGGCUGGGAUGAUGCAUGAGGUCCGUGAACCAGGGCUGUCAGUGUCGGAGAUAUGUUACGGUAUGGAGAGUAAUGUGGCAAUGUUGACGGAAAUGAUGAAGUCUAGCAGAGUUAGUAGUGAUCACAAAUAAGGAAGGUUUCUACACAGUGGCCCUUCAUCUGCGUGUGCCGAAUAUAUAUAUGAUGUACGAAAACCGUCGCCCUCCUUCGUCGUUGCUGACGGCUGCUAAAACCCGUCUAAUUGGCCGUUAGUAAUAAUACUUCUUUGUCUGCAGCUUUUAUAAAUUCAUAUUAUAACAUUAUUCUAUGAGGAAAAAAUUCGUCCAAAAGAUCCCAGAGGAACUCAGAUUUUAUCAAGCAGAGGAUAUUACCAUCGUUAUACUUCUAUUAACUUUGUAUAUAUGAUUUCCUUUGAUUGCCUUCGCGCACUCUUGUACUCUGAUCUCACUUUUAUUAGGUAUGUUGCAAAUAUGCAUUUCUUGCCUCAAUCAUUGGAUUUCUAGAUGAAAACAUGAUAAGAUGAGUACCAGGCUUGGCGUUCGUGACGAAUGAACCAAUCUGACCGUAGGCUAUAGUGGAUGAGACCACCUCAAUACAAUAUAUCCUAGUGGAAGACUAGUUGAUUCCUUGAAACUGAACUUGUAUCCAAGAAUUUACGAUAUACAAUAUGAAAAGGUAAUAAUAAAACAAUCAUUCGUUGUUUGCCCUUCAAACACCACGUAUCAAAGACUUUGUGCUUAACAAAUAAAAUAUAUGU